AUGGCGUUCCUUUCACAAGUCGAUCUCAGGUCGUAUCGAUUUAUCUCCCUUUGCUAUUCACAUUUCGAGACAAUUUCUUUACUUUUCUCUUCAUCAAAUCUACACAAAUCACCUGAGUGCAUCGAUCUUCCACCCGCAAAAUCUCCUCCCGCCCCACUUCUACAACAACCCCAACCAGCGUUCAUCUAUUAUCAAGCAACUCUCACACUUCCUCCAACCUUCACUCACUCACUCUCUUUCUCUCUCUCUCUCUCUCUUUUCAUCUUCUUCUCCCUGGCCCACUACCCUUCCCAAUCCUCACCUCUUCGCUGUCAGUAUAGCACUGUAUUUGAAGUGAAACGAAGACUGCGUCCAAAUUGGACGAGGUCCGAGCGACUGUGUUGCUUGGCCGUUUGCCUGAUGCCCGGGUCCCCCUGGGGCAGCCGGCCAGAAUUACUUAGGAGCCCACCCUUCAGCCCAGAGGGGGAGGAUACUGACUCUCAAGUCUCAACUCUCAACUCUCUCUCUCUCUCUCUCUCUAUCUAUCUAUCUAUCUAUCUAUCUAUCUAUCUAUAUAUAUAUAUAUAUCAAUAUUACCCUGUUCAAGUCUAG